AUGAAUAGUAUAUCUAUUGAUGUUGAAGAUACUAAAUCUAGUGAUUUUGUUGAUGGAGAAGAUGAGGAUGAUAUUUCUGAAUUUUCUGAAGUUGAAGACUAUGGAAUUGAUCAAAUCAAGUUACAAAUAGCUAUUGAAAAGAAGGGUAAGAAAACUUCUACUUCUAAAACUAUAACCAUUAAACCAGUUGAAUAUAUUACUGUUAUAGAAGGAAUUAAUAAUGCUGUUCAAAAAGCACUUAAGAAUAGAAAUAUCAAGCCAGCAGAUUACAGUAUGUCAUAUAAAGCAGUAAAUGCGCGUGGCCCUUCAAGUACAUUAGAAGAUAAAUUGGAUUUUAAUGAAUUUAUUGAAGAUUAUAAGAAAAUCAUUGCUGCAGGCAAGAAAGUGUCAAUAAUAAUUGUAAUUGGUGAUGAUUCUACAAAUGAAAAAACAAAAUCAAAGCGUUUAAAGGCUUCUGACAAAAGUGAUUCCUCAGCUUCUGAUGAAGAAAGAAAUCAAAGAAUAUUAUCAAAUUCUAAAAAGAAAAGAAAGUCGCGUGCUAUUCAAGAAAAUGAUUUAUCUAAAGAAGAACAAACAAGAGCGGGAAUCAUAGCUGCUUUAUGUGAAAAAUACAAGUGUGAUAUGCAUAAUACACCAUGCUUUAUUCAAGAAAAUCGCCAUUUACAACUAAAUCCAGCUAGAUUACAGCUUUGGGCACGUGAAAUUCAUAAUAAAAAUACUACUUAUGACGUUCCUCAAACAUUUCCAACAUUCAAUGCAGCAUUGGGCACGUUGGUAAACAAAAAUAAUGAUACACAAAUACCAACUAUAGCGUCUACUACAUCUACUACACCUGUUAAUCCUAUUGUGAUUCAAAUGCCAUAUCCUUAUUCUCAUUCUCCUUCAAAUACAUCUAUUCAUCCAACAUCUAUUCAUCCAAUAUCAUCACCUACUACAAAUCAUGAAUUACCUUCAGUUACUGAAUUUUUUCUUAACUUAGAUCAAAAAUAUAAUUGUAAUAAUGAAUUGUUAAAAUUGGGUGGCAAAAAAACAUUAGGCAAGCAGCACAAAGAUAUUGAUUGA